AUGGCGGAACCUCAGGAUCCCCCGCACGUGCUCCACGAGUUGACUGAGCGUCGCGACAUCGAUCUUCUGUCCGCGAUCUUCGCGAAACUGCCGUUUAAAACUAUCCUCGCCGCGUCGCAGGUGUGUCGGUUCUGGUCGCAUGCGAGCGAGCAUCUGUUUCAUAGGGAGUGCGAGAGGAAAGGGUGGAAACCACCGAGACGACCUCGAGGGCAGACAGAGCUCUCCUCCUUCCGACCUUGGCGCUCUCUCUUCUUCCGCCAUGCCUGCAGGAGCUGCGGAGGCAAGGGCGAGUUCAUAGCCCGGCACGCCAAGCUGCCUCCCGUCUCUACCCCUCCCAACGCUCCCUCUGCGAAACGGAAGCUUUUGGGAGCGUGUACUCCUGGUAAGAAGUUGCUUGUAUCGAAUCCGCAUGCAGAGAGGAACAUGUGGUUCCUCCUCUGCCUGCAGUGCACCCGCCUGCCACGUGUCCAGCUGCGAUUGGCGCAGCUCGAUGCACAUGUGGACAUUUUCGGGCUGACAGGAUCGAAAUUGAAGUGCCCGGGGUGGGAGGAUGAGGGGAAGAAGAAGAGGAAGAAGAAAGGAACGAGGGGGGGAGGAGGAGCAGGGUAG